GAUAAAUGGCUGGGAGCAAAGGGGAAGCAAGCGCUGAGCUCCUGGCACGGGCAGCUGCAGGGAGCAGGAGGGGGCCUUCGAGAGGCCGGAGCGAGCGCGGGAAGGGGACUCCCACGUCCAGAGCGGAGGGCAGGGAAAGGGUCUACGCUGAGGGGCUGGGACUGGUGCACAAACUUCUCGCAGAGUUUGCAGGCGCAGCCUCCAGCGCGCCCCGGCUCCUACUCAGCUGUCCGGGCAAAUCCGGCGCGUCUCCCGGCUCUGCGAGGCGGGGAGGAGACGCGGGCGGGCGGCGGACCGAACUCGGCUGUGGCUGGGUGGCUGCAGCCUGGACCUGGGUGUCCGAAAGGCCGGGAGAGCCAACAGACCUGGAAGAAAGAUUUUGUCCUGGAAUUAACCCUGGGGAGUCUUGAGGUCAUUCAUCAUGAAGUGUGUAGCACAGGAAUGGCUCAGAGUAACUGUCUUGCUAUUCAUAGCUCAAACAGUUUCUGCAAUGGUUCUUCCCAAUGGUACAUUAUUAGAGGAACUUUUGGAAAAGUACAUGGACGAGGAUGGUGAGUGGUGGAUCGCCAAGCAAAGAGGGAAAAGGGCUAUCACAGACAGUGAUAUGCAAAGUAUCUUGGAUCUUCAUAAUAAAUUACGGAGUCAGGUGUAUCCACCAGCUUCCAAUAUGGAAUAUAUGGUGUGGGAUGUAGAGCUGGAGAGAUCUGCAGAAUCCUGGGCUGAAACUUGUCUGUGGGAACAUGGACCUGCAAGCCUUCUUCCAUCAAUUGGGCAGAAUUUGGGGGCACAUUGGGGAAGAUACAGACCUCCAACAUUUCAUGUCCAAGCAUGGUAUGAUGAAGUGAGAGACUUUACCUACCCUUAUCCUCAGGAAUGUAAUCCCUAUUGUCCUUACAGAUGUUCUGGUCCUGUUUGCACUCAUUAUACACAGGUGGUAUGGGCCACAAGUAGCAGGAUAGGUUGUGCUAUUAACUUGUGUCAUAAUAUGAACAUCUGGGGACAGAUCUGGCCCAAAGCAGUCUAUUUAGUGUGCAAUUAUUCUCCCAAGGGCAACUGGUGGGGUCAUGCUCCUUACAAACAUGGCCGCCCUUGUUCUGCAUGUCCACCUAGUUUUGGAGGAGGCUGCAGAGAAAAUCUUUGCUACAGGGAGGGUUCAGACAGGCAUUACUCCCCUCAUGAGCCAGAGGAGGAAACCAACGAGAUUGAACGGCAGCAAUCCAAAGCACAGGAUAGAACAUCACAGAGUCGAUCCAGGACCCAUUCACCUGCAGGCUCUACAAGGAGCGAUGAUAGUGAGAGAAAUGAAGUAAUAAGCACACAACAAAUGUCUCAGAUUGUUUCUUGUGAAGUAAGGCUAAGAGACCAGUGCAAAGGGACAACUUGCAAUAGGUAUGAAUGUCCUGCUGGCUGCUUGGAUAGUAAGGGCAAAGUGAUUGGAAGUGUUCAUUAUGAAAUGCAAUCCAGCAUUUGUAGAGCUGCCAUACAUUAUGGUAUUCUAGACAACGAUGGUGGUUGGGUUGAUAUCACUAGGCAAGGAAGGAAAAACUAUUUCAUCAAAUCUUAUAGAAAUGGCAUUCAGUCAAUUGGCAAAUAUCAGUCUGCUAAUUCCUUCACAGUCUCCAAAGUAACAGUUCAAGCGAUCACCUGUGAAACAACAGUGGAACAGCUAUGCCCAUUUCAAAAACCAGCCUCGCAUUGCCCAAGAGUGUAUUGUCCUCGCAACUGUAUGCAGGCAAACCCACACUAUGCUCGUGUAAUUGGAACUCAGAUUUAUUCUGAUGUGUCUAGUAUCUGCCGGGCAGCAGUACAUGCUGGAGUAGUUCGCAACCAAGGAGGCUAUGUUGAUGUUAUGCCAGUAGAUAAAAGGAAGGUGUACAUCGCCUCCUUUCAAAAUGGAAUAUUUUCAGAAAGUUUACAGAAUCCUCCAGGAGGCAAGGCUUUCAGAAUAUUUGCCGUUGUCUGAGUCCAGUUACUAAAGAGUAAAAAAAACAAAAUAAACUGCAACCAGAGCACUUGGAAGAGGAUAAUAAAGAUCACUUAGUAUACUUCCUAAAGUUUGUGUAAAGCUGUAACAUUAUUGUACAGAAGAUAUCAACUAUUUUCCGCCAAAAGACUUUCAGCUGCAUGUAAAUCUUAAUGGAGAAAAAUCUGGAAAAUUAAACAUGGGAGAAAAUGCAUUUGAAAAACUACAAUGAUAUAUAACAAUUUUUUGAAUCCUGUGUUAAAUAUUGCUAUAUUUUCUUAGCAGUUAUCCUAUACAGUUAAUUCAAAUCUCAUAAAUGUUCUACAUUUUUUAUCUGAAUACAUUAUUAUAUGGUGCUUUAUGUAUGCCACUAACAAUAACUUAAAAACUACACCAUGGAUAGACCAGUGAUUUUAUAUCCAAUUUACAUUAAAAAAUAGCCAUCCCAAUAAAUUGACACAAUAAAUCAUGCCUGUAAGUCAGAAGUAUAACACUUUUUAUGAUUUACUCUAGCAAUAACCAACCUAAAAGAAGAGCUGGAGUGUUUUAUAGUUUACACUAAUUAUUAGACAAAUAUCAAGAUUUUUUUAAAAAUUGGAAAUGGAUACGACCAUUAAAAUGUGUUCCUUUAAAGAAACAUUUUUUGUUAAGAACGAUCAAUUUACAUUUUUUUUUUAUUUUCUAAAUUAAAUUUGAUAAUAAACACACUGUUAUUGGAUGUUGAUAACUCAGUCAGUUCAAAUAACCAGACACUGAAAGAUCAUUUUCACACUGAGAGGAGGAAUAAACUGAAAUGAUUAAGUUCCCGACUCUGCAAACUCACACAAGCUUUACUUUAAGCCUGUGACUAGUUUCAUUGAGUUCAGUGGCCUUCCUCACGGGAAUAAAGUUAACCACAUGCAUAAGUAAUUGAAAAUUUCAGGCCUUAAACUGUACAUGGUAUCUGUGUACUACACAUAGAUUUGAGGGUGAACAGUCAACACAAUCUCUACACUGUUAAGAAAAUGGUAACAAGGCCAAUCCCCCUUACUUCUCACAACCUGGCGGAUACUCCUGCAGGCCAGGAUGUAUAGCGGUAUGGAGCCUAAUGAAGAUUUACUCAUUUAUUGCCUCACCAUUUCCUUUUAAUUCAUUUAUGGUGAAUAGCCUUGUGCAUUAAUUUUACCAUAUUAUGGUAUAUGAAGAAAAUAUAAUGGUGAUACUAUGUUUCUUUCUAUGAAAAGUGUAUUGUGCUUUAAGACUGAAAAGCUGUUGAACUUUAUUUUUGGUGUUUUUGUUUCUGCUGAUGGAUUUAUUAUUUCUUUCUAACUUGUAAACUUAUUGGUAUUCUUCAUAUUUCAGAGUAUUAAUUUCUGUCCUUUGUUUUGCUACAUGUACUACCUCAUGUAGUUAGGCAAGCCUUGUUAGUUUUUUAAUCAGUUUUGAAUAAAAUUAAUGUACAUAGUAA